ACCAAGCAUCAUCAGAACAGCAGUUGGACGGAAUUGGAGCAGCUUCCCUUUGGUCAUGGACGACAAAGCCUUUGACUGCUACCAGUGUAAGAACUCCCUUUAUGGUCAAAAAUAUACAGUGCGAGAGGACAAUCCAUACUGUGUGAAAUGCUUUGAAAGCAUUUUUUCUAAUAAAUGUGAAGGUUGUAAAAACCCUAUUGAAUGUGAUUCCAAGGACCUUUGCUAUAAAGACAGCCAUUGGCAUGAAGCUUGCUUUAAAUGUGGCAAGUGUAGUUGUUCUUUGGUGGAGAAGCCUUUUGCUGCCAAGGAUGAGCUCCUUCUGUGUAUUGACUGCUACUCCAAUGAGUAUUCUGCAAAGUGUUUUAACUGCAAGGCCACUAUAAUGCCUGGUUCUCGGAAAAUCGACUACAAGGGCUGUAACUGGCAUGAGACAUGCUUCGUAUGCCAAGGCUGCCAGCAACCUUUAGGAUCUAAAUCAUUUGUGCCCAAGCAUUCUAGUCUAUAUUGUAUCUCUUGCUAUGAAAAAGAAUUUGCACAGCAGUGUUUUGCCUGCAAAAAGCCAAUCACCAAGGACGGAAUAUCUUACGAGGAACAGCCUUUUCACUCUGAGUGCUUUCUAUGUACCGAAUGUAAAAAGAAACUAUCUGGAGAAAAGUUUACAUCAAAGGAUAAUACUCCAUACUGCAUCGACUGCUUCGGUAAUCUUUUUGCACGAAAAUGCACUGCUUGUACAAAACCCAUCUCUGGUCAAGGAGGCGGCCAGUACAUCUCAUUCGAGGAUUUUCAGUGGCAUAGUGACUGCUUCGCCUGUUCAAAAUGCAAAGCUUCCCUUGUUGGCCAAAGGUUCCUCUCUCAGGAAAGCCAAAUAUUCUGCACCGAGUGUGGUCAGGACAUGUAGAUAGCUAUAGCCGAGUGUGACAUUUCAUAGGGAAUACUAUAUUUUUAUCUAAGAUGUCGCCAAAAUAAUCCUCUGCACUGAAUGCUUAAUGUAUAUAAAGUAAACCUCAACUCCUGGGAAAGAGGUGCCAGUUGUGUUGAGCACUGAAGGAGAAUACAUUUAGGGUCGAUACAUAUUACACAGAUCAUUUUGGUUUUUCACUGUCAGACCUUGCAUUAGUGCUAACAGUGAAGAGUAGAGAGAAUGGACCAGAGGAAUGUUUGUUCUUCUCUACAUGUACUCACUGUAGGUCAUGCACCAAAUGAUAUAUUAGAGCCAACCAGGGUGCCUCCAGCUGUUACCAAACUACAACUCCUAGCCUGCUGAGAGUUUUAGUUUGGCAACUGCUGAGGGCCCCCUGGUUGGGUAACACUGUACUAGAGCCUGAUGGCAUGGGCAUUUCAAGUGACGGCUGUGGUGGUCUUUGUGAAGUAAAGAAGUUUUUUAUUUCUGAAACAGCAGGGAAUAAAUUCCAAAAGAAACAAAAUAUAUUUAGCCAUUUUUGCCUUGUAAAUACUAGUAAAAGCUAUUCAUAAGCCAGUAAAUGUUAAGCUUCCUCAAUCACUUGACUUAAUGGAGACAGUCAUUGUGCAACUAUACAUAUAUAUAUUCAUUAAGGCCAUGUACGCAUGUCCUAAAGUGUGUGGAAUGUCCUCCCAGAAAAUAUGGGCGGACAGUCUGCACAUUUGCUUGAUUCUGCGUUACUAGGACUGCUCGGAAGUGCACCGUCUUCCAGGAAGGCAAUGUAUUUCCGAGCGGAAUCAGCAGAAAUAUUGAACCGGUUUAAUGUUUCUGCGGUUGCUGCAAUCCGGAUUACUGAGCACAAUAAUCCUGUGUAAUUCUAAAAAAAUUCCACCAUGUGAAUAUAGCCUAAAAGUGAUCUCCUGAUUCUGCUUUUGAAUAUAAGCAAAUUAGACUUCAUAAGUCCUUACUCUCUCCCGCCACUCGUGACCACAGAAUGUGAGUCUUUUUAACUUAUCGGCAUGUCAGAGUCAAGAAAGAUGAUUAGGAUACAAAUAGGCAUUUUACAUGAAAAGAGGUUAUUACAGCUGCAAAAGGAUUAAUCUCUAUUGUAGAAUAGGAUUAUUAGCUAUAUUUACAAACCUUUGUUUUUUGUUAUUUAAUUUUGAAAACAACUAAACAAACAAAUAAAUAAAGAAUCAAACGAGAAAAAUGUAACACAACAAAUGUAAGAAGUGAUUAUUCCAAAAACAAUACAAAAUGCCACAUCUUAUGAAUCCUGCAGUGUUAGAAUUAUUUAACCCCUGAACAGAAUGUCUCAAAGGAGCACACGUUUUAUAAAUCAGGUAUUGUCUGAUGCAGAAAGAAAGAAAGAAAGAAAAAGAUAGAAUAUAAAAGACAGGGAGUGCACUGAAUGUGUAUAGAGAUACAGUUGGAAGCAUAUUUUGCAAGUGAAAUCUUAAAGGAACACUGGCUACACUACCUGGAUGUGACAGAAAGGAGAAGCUAUCACCGGCUGCCACCAGAUUCCUGAGAAGGCAAAUGCUUCAAAGCCAUUGAGUUAUGGCACUAAGGUUUUCAUCUGCACAGUAAGGUACUUACUAAAUGCUGAAAGUCUUCAUUCCCAAGCUCCAAGACGUACAUCUCUACUGACCAAAAAUCACAAGAAGAGUUGGAUUAAAUUUGCUCAAAACUAGCGUAAAAUUUUUAACUUAAAGUCUACCUGCAUGUUAUACGCCGAUAAGCCGCUGCAGUUCAAUGAUUUAAAGUGGGCGCUUUAAAUCAAUGAACUGCAGCAGCUUUGCAGGUGCAGAGACCUGCCGUCACUGCCGGCUUCACUGCCCCUGCCUGUCCUGGGGU